AUGGAAAGCUUUGCGAUGGCCAAUCUAGCUGAAUUAUAUGCAAUGGUAACUCAAGUUCCAAGAGCACCAAUAACUGUAGUGUCAAGGGAUCGUGAUGAGGGCCACAACCAGUUAUGGAAUGACUACUUUGUCAAGAAUUCCGUUUAUCCCCCACAAACGUUUUGGCGGAGAUUUCGCAUGCAAAAAAAUGUCUUCCUCCGCAUAGUGGAAGUCUUGACUUUGCAAAAUUCAUUCUUCCAACAAAGGCGAGAUGCCGUAGGUAAACUUGAUGCAUCAUCAUUAUUAAAAUGCACUACUGUUAUAAGAUUGUUAGCGUAUGGGGAAACGGCGGAUUCUGUGGACAAUUAUCUAAAAAUUAGUGCAUCUCUUGCUAGAGAUUCACUACAACAUUUUGUAGAAGGGGUUGUCGCCCAGUUUGGGGACGAAUACUUAAGAAAGCCCAAUGAAGCAGAUUUAAGGAUACGCAGCUGA